UAGGGCUAGAAAGCGAGCAGUGCAUAGCAGACGUGCCACAAGGAAGAGACAACGAGAACAGGAGCGCCCCCGCGUCUGAACCGCUCCAAGGAAAGAGGGUGGUGGUUUACGGGAAAUAUCCGGCGGUUUCCUCCAUGUUUUGGACACUAGAAUCCGCGAGUGCGCGCCCUCAUGUGAGGGCGUAGAAUCAAGGAGCCUCUACCCUGGCACCGCGCUCAACUCUCCGAGGGGCACCGCAUCAACACUACCUCUUGCCACAGCACCAUGAUGAAGAAGGACAUUAAUCUCAACCUCGACACGCAGACCUCCGAGCUCAAGGCCAAUCCGCUGCGCGACGCCGACGUGCUACUCAACUCGCCAGACUUGGGUCUUCUCAAACUGGCUUCCCCCGACCUGGAGCGUCUCAUCAUCCAGUCCAACGGGCUGGUGGGCGCCGCUAACCCGGCGUCCCAGUUCCUCUACCCAAAAUCGGCCAGUGACGAGCAGGAGUUCGCGGAAGGCUUCGUCAAGGCUCUGGAGGAUCUGCAUAAGCAGAACCAGCUGAGCGAGGCCGGCUGCGUCUCGAUGGACAGGCUGGAGCUCCUCGGAGCCGCCAACGCGGUGGGCUCGACGGGGAUCCAGACGUCGGAUCUGCCCGUCUACACCACGCUGAACGGCUAUGCAGCCAGCCCGCUGGGCGGCACUACUAUCAACUACUCCACUGACACCAUCCCUUUCCCGCCGCCUCCAUCCCACCUCAGCCCGCAGCAGCAGCAGGGGACCACCGCGGCGGCUCUUUCCCGGCUGCAGGCCGCCGGCGGGGCCGUGAAGGACGAACCGCAGACGGUCCCGGACAUGCAGAGCCUCGGGGACAGCCCACCUCUCUCCCCGAUUGACAUGGACAACCAGGAGCGCAUUAAGGCGGAGAGGAAAAAGCUGCGCAACCGGAUAGCUGCCUCCAAGUGCCGCAAAAGGAAACUGGAGAGGAUCUCUCGGCUGGAAGACAAGGUGAAGAGCCUGAAGACGCAGAACACCGAGCUGGCGUCCACGGCCAGCGUGCUACGGGAGCAGGUGGCCCAGCUCAAGCAGAAGGUGAUGAACCACGUCAGCAGCGGAUGCCAACUUUUACCAAACCAGGUCCAAGCUUACUAAUUUCACCAAUGCCAAAUGACUUUGGAGGCAUGUUUUAAAAAUGCAGCGUGCAGGUGAACGAAAAGGUUCAUUGACAAGAGGGUGUAAACCGCAAAACCGUUGCUGUUAGUCAAUGGAAGCGGAUUGUUGGUAAAAAGCCAUGUAGCAAAGUGCCAUGCAGCACCGUGAGACGAGUGUACACUCGAGGGUGUCAAACUCAUUUUUGUCGUGAUUAGUUUUCCCUGACAAGGCCGUUAUGGCCAUCAAACCAUUUGUAGUAAAAUGUAUAUUCACCUCAUCGUGUUAUUUAUUACAUAUAUAAGCUAGAGAUUGACGCAUUUUUUUAAAACAAAAGAUCAAGUAUUUUUUAAUUUACAGUGGUACUUUCACUUGAUUUCUUUGUGUGUCUUGACAUAUGAAGGGAUUGACAAUAAAGCAGGCUUUGACUUUGAUUUGUAUUGCGAACAUCACAGUUCGCCUGUUUUCUGGGUUUGGUCAUAUUUAUUUAUUUAGCCCUUAAUCAUUCUGCCCUCUUCAUUUGUUUUACCAUCUGAAGUUGCUUUUACCCCAGAUUUGAUUAAAGCAGUAAAUAAAUCUAUCACGUGGCUGCCCAUAACCCCGAACAAAACUUGUGAAUUGAACUGCUCAUAAGUGAAGGAGCCACUGUAAUAAUAAUCAUUUAAAAAAAAGGUUAAAAAGACUACAGAUUUUUUUUUUUUUUUUUUUUACCAAGUGAGAUAAAAUAGAUGCGCCUGACGUGUUUUAUUUGGCCACAUAAAAAAUUGUGGCAGGCUGUAUUUGGUGCCUGGGCCUUGAGUUUGACACCUGUGGUGUACAGGAUAGUAUGGAUGGAAAAUCAACAGCCAAAUGUAAGGGUGUCAGUCACCAAGUACUGUCAUCCAAUUGUACAUAUACUGCCUUACUUGUUUACAAGCACUUAGCUAUGACAAAUAUCUAUUUUUUAUUUACUGAAGCAUUUCUUUACUUUUUUUUUUCUUUUUCAAAAAAAGGCACACUGCAUGUUUUGUAGCCGUCGUGUCUGUAAACUAGCGUAUUCCAUUGUGUGUGUCUUCAUGGUGGCUGCUUAGAAGACUUUAGGCACCAAACGUCUUUGAAUGUACGUUCAUGUAUUGGAAUGGACUCUCAUCUCUCUUACAUUAUAUUCACUACAUGACUACAGCAAAAGUGUUUUCGCCCAUAUUGUAAAUUAAAAAGAAUUGCUUUUCUUA